CUCCAUUCUCUCUGGGGCAAUAACAGAAUAGGAGCAAGCCAGGACUAGUCAGCUAACUGACUCAACCAAGGCCUUUUUUCCUUGUUAUCUUUGCACAUACUUCAUUUUCUUGGCAUUUCUGAAGAUUACAACAUCCUGCAGUUCCGUUUCUGGGAACUUUACUGAUUUAUCUCCCCCCUCACACAAAAUAAUCAUUGUUUUCUGCAUUGCUGAAGAUCUCAACAUCUGGACUAGUGUUGAAAAAAUUUCCAGUGAGGCUCACUUAUAUCUGUAAAGAUGGAAAAAAAAUACAAGAACAUUGUUCUACUGAAAGGAUUAGAGGUCAUCAAUGAUUAUCAUUUUAGAAUGGUUAAGUCUUUACUGAGCAAGGAUUUAAAACUUAAUGUAAAAAUGAGAGAAGAGUAUGACAAAAUUCAGAUUGCCGACUUGAUGGAAGAAAAGUUCCGAGGUGAUGCUGGUUUGGGCAAACUAAUACAAAUUUUCAAAGAUAUACCAACACUUGAAGACCUGGCUGAAACUCUUAAAAAAGAAAAGUUAAAAGCAAAACAACUAGCCCCAUCAAGAAAGAGGAAGAAGGAAGUCGAUCCUGCUUCACCUGCACCCUCCACAAGCGGCACUGUCAACACUGAAGGAGCAGAGGCAACUCCUGGAGCUCAGAAAAGAAAAAAACCAACCAAAGAGAAGGCUGGAACGAAAGGGAGUAAGAUGUCCGAGGAGCAGACUCAGCCUCCCUGUCCUGCAGGAGCCGGCUUGUCCGCAGCUGUGGGCCUUUCCCCACCUCCCAAGACCUCAUCAUCAGCUCCACCCAACACUUCCUCAGCUGAGAACCCGAAAACAGUGGCCAAAUGUCCGGUAACUCCCAGAAAAAAUAUUCUCCAAAAGGGCCCAGUGAUAGUGAAGGUACUGAGUACAACGAAGCCAUUUGAAUACGAGACCCCAGAAAUGGAGAAAAAAACAAUGUUUCAUGCUACAGUGGCUACACAGACACAGUUCUUCCAUGUGAAGGUUUUAAACACCAACUUGAAGGAGAAAUUCAAUGGAAAGAAAAUCAUCGUCAUAUCAGAUUAUUUGGAAUAUGAUAGUCUCCUAGAGGUCAACGAAGAAUCUUCUGUAUCUGAAGCUGGUCCUAACCAAAUGUUUGAGGUUCCAAAUAAAAUCAUCAACAGAGCAAAGGAAACUCUGAAGACUGAUAUUCUUCACAAACAAGCUUCAGGAAAUAUUGUAUAUGGGAUAUUUAUGCUACAUAAGAAAACAGUAAAUCAGAAGACCACAAUCUAUGAAAUUCAGGAUGACAGAGGAAAAAUGGAUGUAGUGGGGACAGGACAAUGUCACAAUAUCCCCUGUGAAGAAGGAGAUAAGCUCCAACUUUACUGCUUUCGACUUAGAAAAAAGAACCAGAUGUCAAAACUGAUUUCAGAAAUGCAUAGUUUUAUCCAGGUAAAGAAAAAACCAAACCCAAAAAACAAUGACCCUAAGAGCAUGAAGCCACCCCAGGAGCAGAGUCAGCUUCCAAAUCCUUCAGAGGCCGGCAAAACCUUCCCUGCGAGCCAUCUUCAGACUCCUCAGAUGCCGCCAACAACUCUAUCCAGCAGUUUCUUCAUCAAGGAGGAGGCUAAUUCUGCCCCAAUUCACAGAGAAGAAAAUAGAGGUACACAAAGGUUAAAAAUCUUCCUCAAGCCUUCAAGAAAGUUGAGUCAUUAUUCGUAUCCAGUCUUAUUUAAACCCAAAACUUGAAAAAUUAAUGAUUAUAUAUGGCUUUAGAUGAGGAAUUUAUAUAUGCCAUGUCAGUAAUUUAUUUAUUGGUUGCACAAUGAUUGCAUAGCACAUACUUUGUAAACCUUCUGAUAACAAAUGUGGUGACCAGUGGUGAUCAGAGUGUGUUCUAAUAAGUAAACCACUCUCCAGAACUAGAAUCUUUUCAUUUGCCUUUCUAACAGAGUGCAUUUUCUAUAUUACAUAACUGAAUGACAGAAGUGAUAGAACUAUGGAAAUGAAACUAGUAUUAAUAAAUUUUAAAAAAGAUAUAAAAAUAGUGAAAAUAAAGGAAGUUAUACUUCCUUGCCCUCGGUAAAGAGUAUUUUUAAAAAAUCACUUACUUGGUAAUGCUAAGGUAAGUUCUUGCAUAUUUCUAAAUACAUUUGAGAACUUUGAAGGAUUCUAGCUAGCUGAUGCAGACUACAAAAUAGCAGAAUUCUGCAUCUGCAAUUGUGAAUUUUAAAGAAUCUUUCUAGCAAAGUGAUGAUCAAAACAUCUAAAGCAACAUAGAGAAAGAGUAAUUUUAUCAAAUAAAAUUUAUGUGAUUAAGUUUCUCACUAUUAAUUAAGUAUAUUCAUUGAGACCUUACUAGUCUCUGUGUCUUUUGAUGUUUACAAGGUAUGCGUUCAUGAAGUGCUUCCUGACUCAAGAGGAUUACUGUCUUUUGUUGAUCUAGGUUUGGAGAGAGAUUGUGGGGAAGUAGCCAAAUGGAGGAAGAUGAAUACAAGAAUAUGUUCAUUAUCUUUAUUCCAGUUACCUUUCAUCCUUUCACUUCGUUCAUGACCACAUUCCAGGUUUUAUUUUAAACUAUCCAUGGUCUUUUCCAAAUCAGAAGCUUUGACAUAUAGAUUGCUUCUUUUGCUGGGAUCACUUUCUCCAGUCUCUUCUCUAACUCAACUCUCCACAGGCCCUAGCCUAAAUCCCUUCCUAGAGCAAGUCCUCACUGGCACCCACAUUUCAGUUUAGAUGAGAUCCUCCCAUUUUUGGUUCUCUCUGGUUCUUCAUUUAUGAGCUUUCCUAGCUCCCUUUACUUUUCCUAAUAGCAUUUAAACAAUUGGAAUGUGGGAGUGAUUUUCUCCUUUUCUAUGCCAUAAGCUCAGAUGGUAGGUAGCAUCUACCCCAGAGGAAUACAAUACAAGAGGGGAAAAAGUCAGUUCAUGCUAUGUACAUCAAUUCUUAUUCCAGAUUACCUUUUGCUCAGCAGUGAUAUGACCCUUGUAGUCACCUGCACUGAGGGUUCAGAAGCCUGUACCUGUGGGGAAGGGGCAGGAAACUUGGAGGAAAAGCAAAAGGAAUUAAAUCAUUAUUUUUUACAGUUGUUUCUCACCCAAGCCCCAAGCUGCAUUCUGACCCAGCGGCAGAUACCUGCAGCCACCAUGUACACAUCUUGGAAGAGAAGCUUCCUAUAUUUAAGGAUUCUCUAUUUUGAUUUUUUUUGUUUGUUUGUUUUCAUUGUUGUAAUUUUUAGUUAGCUUCAAAAAGCUGUAUUUCCCUCUAUAGUUUAUGCAGGUGUUGUUUGAAGAACAGAACCUGCGCCUUUUUGCCAUCUGGGCACAGGUGGCUAUGGAACAAGCCCUUGCUCAGUCAUUGCAACCUAAGAUCCAUUUUAUUUGUGCCUUUUCAAUGACUUAAGUGGCAUCUCCAAACAGCUAUGCUUUUAUCACUCAUAUUUCUUUGAAAGGAUUAUGUGAGAAUUUCUAAGUCCCAUCUGCUAAAAUAUGAAUCACAAUCCUUGCUACAGCUGUACAAAUGAUUGUGCUGUAUGUGAACUUCCCUGGAGCACAGGAAUCCCAGGAGGAUCGUAUGCCUUCAUGGCAGCCAUUUAUUCUUGGGUGUCCAGCUAUCGCCUGUAAAUACAGUGUCUGUCUAACUGCUUUCUUGGUGACUCCCCAGAUGAGUAUAGUCCUGUUCCACUGAUCAUCAGGUUUCCUCAGAUUUUCUCUAUGGUAUAUGUUCUAUAUUCAUUGAGAUUUAAAACUAGCAGCCUAUUCUUAUCAUUGAUUUUUUUCUGCUCUGUAUACCUAAAGCAAGCAACACAAAUUGACAUGAAUCAGGAGGAGGGAUGGGAGGGGAGAUAAUUACUCUGAGAAAAAAAUUACAUAGUGAUUUAAAAUAUUAUUCAACCAAAGAUUAUAUUUUUCUCAUCUAAUUCUACUCUGGUUACGGGACUGUUUAACUGAAAUGAAUCUGAGAAGAUAAUACUCCAAGGUGUUCUUGCCAAUAAGUGGCAGAAAUGAAUAGAGAAGUUCCUUUAAUAAAAAGCUUCCCAUACCAAUUCGAUCUAAGGUUUCUGUCAACAAGGUAAACAGAAUAUGAGACAGCAGUUAAUCAGAGCACACAUACAAAUCCCUGCAGAGACAGGGUAAUAACAGUAACAGAAAGUGUAUUUCUACUUUUUAAGCACUUACUAGGUGCUGGUUUUAAAACCUGUGUUCUUUAUGUAUAUUAUUACAUUCUUUCCUCAUAACAGUCAUGAUUGAUGCUAUUCUCAGCCCUCAUUUUACGUAAGAGACAACCAAGAUAGAGUUUUAAAAUAUUCCCCAAAAUUCACAGGCAGUGAGCGUGCUAAAUGUAAAUUAUGUGCACUUUAUGUACUUUUUCUUAUCCAUUCUUCCUUACAUCACCCAGGUGAUGUUAUUGUUAGUCACAUUUCACAUUUCUUAACACCAAGGAUCUUAGAGGUCAAAACUUUACUCAAGAUAAUAGUGAUUUUUAGUGUUAGAGCCAAGAUUCAAAUCCAGCCUUAAUGAACUCUAAAGCUUCAGCAUUUGAUGAUCACAUAUUGCUUCCAAAGUCAGAAUAUAGAUGUUGAACUGUCUCAUAUAUUUACAUAUAUUUAAAAUUAGACAUUGUUUUUGUUUGGAUUUGUUUUCAUAAUCUAGUUUCUGCAAGGCUCCUAAGGAAAAAUUACAUGCUGUAAGUCUCUGUAUCAUCCUAUGUUUUACAUUGCCGUGUUAAGACCCCUGUAUUCAUCUGCACCCAAUAAUCAGAUGUUGUAUCUUCAGUGGAAGUCAAAAGAAAAAUUAGAUGACAAUUUUCCAAGCUAGUGUCUCAUCUAGGUGCCAAUUGCACUGUGACCACACUAUUUUCUAAUGACUCGUCCCUGUGUACCAGUUGAAGACAGGUCUCCCAUGUACAGAGUUCUCAAUUUUUCAUGUUGUUUUGUUGUUGUUAUUGUCCUGACUGGUAAAUUCCAAAAUUUAUAUUUCCCUAUAUACUUUCUAAGAGUUUUAUAUGUCGUAUAGUGCUACCUAUCAUGCCUGUUUGCCAUCUUGCUUCAGGUGGAUAGAUAGAGGCUGUGCCUAGUAAAGUCAUUAUCCGCUCUGAUCUUCUCUGCUAUCUUAAGGACAAAAUUGGACAUCUCAGGACAGUCAGUUUUCUGAUGCAUAAUGACUUGAAAGAAAGUUCCCAAUUGCCUAAAUAUGUGAUAUAGCAAUUUCUGCAGCCAUAGGAAUCAUCAUGCUGUGCCUAAAGACUCUAGGACAGGGAUUCUAGAAAGAAGCACGUGUCUCCAUGGCCACCAAUGCUUAAUAACACAAUGCAUUACUUCUGCUUUGUUGACCAGCCAACAGGUUGUCUCACCACUCACUCUAAGAUUGACCAGCUGAGCAGGAAAGCAUUGUCCUUACUCAUCAUGGUUUCUCCCAAAGAUUUUGUGUAUGAUAUGGGUUCAUUGUGCUUUUGGAUUCAAAAUGUGAAGAAGACAGAAGCAUGACCUUUAGUCAUGACUCCUCUGAAGCACAGAUCACAUAAUGGCCUGAAUCGUGAUCGGGUAUGGUAGCAGGGAUUAAUUACUAUGAGACAAACAAUCAGCUACUGUAUUAAAAUAUUACUCAACCAAAUCUAUGAUUUUAGGCAUGCAAAUUCUGCUGAAAUAAUGAGAAUAUUUGUUUCAACUUAUUUUGAAAAGAAAAUUACUCAAGACGGUUUUAUCAAUGAUAUUAAGCUGCCACAUUGUACAAGGGAAUAAAGAGGCUUUUUUGGUAAUCCUCCUAUACUUCCUCAAUCAGGAGCUCCCUAUAACUGGGUCAACAUAAAGCAUUAAAUAUCUUUAAACAGGGCAGACAUUAAAAAAAAAAACCUGCACAGAACAUAAAAUAACAAUGAAAAUAUUUUUCUGCUUAUUGAGCGUUUAUUAGAUGCUGGUCUGUGUUCGUUACAAAAUUAUGUCAUAUAUUCGUCAUUGUAUCUCCAUAAAGAUACAAUUUUUAUCUCAUUUCACAUAUGACAAUCAUGAGAUAUCAAGAGGUUAAAAAUACCAUUCAGGCUAAUAAAAACAGUGUUAGAGUAAGGAUUCAUAUCCAGCUUUAGUCAACUAAAAAACUUUGGUAAUUAUGCAAAUAUAUUUCUUCCAGUAUAGGACCGUAUAUAUUAAAAUUUCAGCCAUAUAUCCACAAAUAUUCAUAUAUGUAGUGCUGAAUUUUUCAUUUGUUUUCAUAAUCCAGAUGCUACAAGCCAGAAUAAGGUGCAUAAGGGGCCUAUAGGGUUGGGUGUUCGAAGCUGUAAUCAACAAGCAGGUUUUAUAGCCCAUUUUUCAAUCUAUUUAAGGAUCAGAGAAAUAUAUUUUAUAGAUGAGUCUCUAUAUAUUGGAGAUGAGUCUCACUCUGUUGCCUAGGCUGGAGUGCAG